AUGAAGAAAAAGAGAGGGAUCUAUGUGCGCGGAGGAGUGGACAAGGCGGCUUUCAGUGCGCCGCUGGCCGGGGAGCUGCGCUGCCGCUGCGUGCGGACCGUGUCCGAGGUGAUCCCGCCGCGCCGCCUGGCCCGCCUGGAGCUCCUCGCCGAGGGGCCGCACUGCGCCGUGCCCGAGGUCAUAGCCACGACGAAGCAGGGACAGAUGGUCUGCCUGGACCCCGCCGCGCCCUGGGUCAAGCUCCUGGUCACCAGGAUGCUCCGCAGUUCACCCAACAAGCUCUGAGGGAAGGAACAUCUGGGAAUGAAGUUACCUGUUUGCCACAAGAUACCGGGAAACAGAUGCUAUGAGGACACAACAGCUCACCUCUCCAGUUUUGAUGAGUUUGUAGAUCAGAUGUUCUAUGUUCCAUUCCCUCUCCUCAUAUUUGUUACUGCCUAAUCCUGUGUAUGGUUUUAUUGACUGAGAUAAAGUAAUAGAAUCCAUUUGAUAAGACAGUGGAAGCUUCGCUGGACACCUCUCAGCAGCAUUCUCACAAUUUUCUCCUCCUUUGUGCAAGCUCCUUCCUGCCAAAUACUAUUUGCCAAUAAGUGCUUAUAAAAUAGCAUUAAUACCUGAAAAGAAGAUGGGCCCACCGUGAAGAUGAUUUUGCAAAUGUCUGCAGAGUGUGGCAGGAGAGGUUUGAAUGGAUCCUGUGGUGAUUGGAGGUAAUCCUUCUGCAGGAAUAACAGGAGUGCUGUCUGGCACUCAGCAUUUCAGUGCCUGUUCAGGUUACAUGGCAAUAAAACCUGGAUCAAGCAAGGAUGUUUUGCUGAAUCUCUUUUCCCUACUCCAACUCACCAGCCUUUAAUGCAGAAUGCCUUGGAUCUUUUUGCACAAGAUACUGUCUAAUGAAAUCACAAAUUUUGCCCCUGAAGUCUUUUGCCCCUAUUCAAAACUUAGAGGUGUUUAAUAAUUUCUAUGAAAUUGUGGGGGUUCGUGCCAUGUCUGGUUUGGUUUUUAACCAGAUAAUGUUGAGGCUGGUUAGCUGGUUUGUUUAUAAAUGAGUUUACAUUGAA